AGAAACCUUUCAUUCUAAGCACUUGUUGCAUGAAGUCCCAACGAACUUUGUCGUAGGCCUUCUCAAAGUCUAUCUUAAAAACCAUACCAUUUUGCUUCUUCUUAUGUAACUCGUGAAGGGUCUCAUGAAGGAUCACUGCUCCCUCCAUUAUAUUCCUGCCCGGAAGAAAAGUUGUUUGAGAAGGUCUGAUUACUCUAUGAGCAAUUUUGGUUAGCCAGUUAGUCGCCACCUUAGUGAUGAUCUUGAAGCUAACAUUCAGUAAAUAGAUGGGCCUGUAUUGCUGAAUUUGUUUCGCUUCACUAGAUUUAGGUAACAGGAUGAUAGUUCCAAAGUUAAGGUUGUGUAAAUUUCGAGAUCCUACUUGGAACUCCUCAAAUAGACACAUUAAAUCAUCCUUCAAAACAUUUCAGAAGACUUGAUAGAACUCCGGUGGAAACCCAUCUGGACCUGGAGCUUUGUUAUGUUCCAUUUGAAAAAUGGCAUUUUUAACUUCUUCUUCUGUGAAUUUUUCUACAAGCACCUCAUUUCCUGAGCUGUAAUUCAUCAGUCCUAGUUUUGUCCAAUGAUACAUAAGAACUAUCUGGAGCCCCAAAUAAGCUUUUAUAGUAUCUCGUAAUGAACGAUUUAAGUUCUGCAUCCCCUCUGAUUAAACCCUCCUCUUGUUCCAACCGGAAAAUAUGAGUCUUGCGAUGUUUACCAUUAGCUACUUGGUGAAAAUAUUUCGUAUUUGCAUCCCCUUCGAGUAAGUCUUUGGUUUUUGCCCGUUGGUACCAUUUAAGUUCCACUUUCCUCAACAGAUGAGCUAAUCUCUCACUAAGAGCAUGUUUUAAAUAUAGAUCAUUUUGUCCUAGGAUAGAACUUUUUUCUUUUUUGUCUAACUCGUCGAGCUUAUCAAGGAUUUGUUUCUUUUGUUUUUUAUAUGUGCCACUCACAUGCUUUGCCCACCCUCUAGCUAAGAUGUUGUCUAAGGCGGUGGAUUUUAUUCUGCCAACGCUCUAGCGGGGUCUGGCCGAAAUUAGUGGAGCUCCAAAUAUCCUUAACCAUGUCAGCCAAAGAAUCCAUCACGCAUAAGCCACCCAAGCUCAAACUUAAACAGUGGCAGGCUUCCUGACGUAGAUGUAUCUCCUGUGUUAAGGAACAAAGGGGUGUGAUCUAAGAUCUCCCUAUUGAGAGCUUGGACCGUGGAUCUAGGAUAUUUUAACUCCCAAUCAGUAGAAGUCAAAGUCCUAUCCAGCUUUUCGAAGGUCUUUAUUGUCCUAUGAUUAGUCCAAGUAAAACGUCUGCCUGACAACUCUAGUUCUCGUAAAUUGCAGGCAUCUAUGACUGCGUUAAAAAGAAACGGCCAUCUGUCAUCAUAAUUAUUAUUAUUCUUCUCUACUGGGCCUCUAAUUAUGUUAAAGUCAUCGCCAAUAAUCAUAGGUAAAGUUUCUUUCAAACAUAAAUGAGCCAACUCAGCUAGAAACGCUUGUUUAGGUUUAGUUUGGGCAGGCCCAUAGACAGACACCAGUAGCCACUGGAAGCCGUCUGAUUUAUUCCUAACCUUAAUCUUGACAAAAAAAAAUCCCCCUCCUCAAUCUCUCCUAUAUCAAAACUCGUCAAAUUUAUUCCCAUGAGUAUGCCACUAGAUCUGCCGGAUGGAGAUUUGCAGUGCCCAAGAAAAUCAUUGCCAACGCAAAGGUUUUUUAAGAAAGGAGUAUGCCACUAGAAGCUAUCAUGUCUGAACAUUUAGAAAGGAGUAGUAAUCUGCAUGUGAUACAUCUCUCCCACUGCAGCUUCAGUUUUUCAUCUCCUCCCUUCCUGAGCUGCAGUGACCUAAGAUUCCUCCUGCUUGAUCACUGCAAAGAUAAGGAUGAUGCACAAAAAUACCAUGGUGAAGAAAAGGAGUGUCAUCUUCAUAGCCAGUGCCACAGCCAAGACGGUGGAGCAUGCUUCCAGAAUCUUUGGGUGCUAGAUCUGAGUUAUACGGACUGGUACUGUCUACUGUCGAAAGACAUGCUAGAUUUGAUGGCUAACCUCAGGGAGCUGAAUGUGAAAGGAGUUAGUAAUCGGAGCAUGAGCCAUCUACAUCAUUGCAGUGGUGCUGGAAGCAACAGUCGUAGACUGCUCAAACUCCGAGUGGUAGCCGAGCCAAAUAAUGAGGAUGAGAACAACGGCGUUGAUGGUGGCAAAAAUCAAGAGGUAUCUCCAGUGGUAGCAUCAUUCCCAGACCUAUCAAGCUGGCACAUCCUCAAGACAAUCGUCCUUGAUGGUUGUGGUGACCUAGAGCAAGUUGGCUGCAAUGCCCUGCCCCUGUCACUAGAGUCGUUUAGCCUCAUAAGCAAUGUGCCCAGUAAGGUAAAGAAAAUCUCCUUCCAGGGGCACACCAAACUAAAGAUCUUAGUACUGAGAGGAUUGUUUGAUAUCCUUGUGGAGCUGGACAUGUCUGGUACAGCAAUCAAAACCCUUGACCUCAGUGAAGUGCAGGCCAAAUCCCUCAGGCGACUCUUUUUGCUAGGAUGUGAGAAGCUCAAUGCAAUACUAUGGCAAUGGAUGGAGGAAGAUGAGAUGAUGUGGCUAGAGGCAUUGUGCAUUGACACCACCACCCAAGCAGCAUCAACAUGGAACAGGUGA